AUGCAAGGUAGUUAUAAAAACAACGGUUUACCAAGGCCAUAUUAUAUGAAACCGUCCCUGAAAUUUUCACCUUACAAUCAGAGAGCAAGAUCAUUUUUCACUUCUCCAAGUCGAAAAGUGGUUGGAUAUACGAUCCUAUUAAUAUUAUUUGGCACUUGUAUGUAUUGGAUAUCGCAAGAUUUGAAGGAGUCGAUGGAACAACCAUCUUAUGAAAUUAUUCAGCCGGACCUUGAAUAUAACAAGAACCUAGAUGACAUAGUUGGAAUCGGAAAUGCAGACAAGGAAUCAGAAAACAUUGGAUUGGCCGGAAAUCUUGCCCAGGGAUCAAAGGGUGAUAUUGGUGUAGGAGUUGCGGAAGCUCCGAAAGGAGGCAUGGCUAAUGAAGCACCAGUGGUUGGCAAUGAGAAUCCUGAUGGUGUCAAGAAGCCAAAACAAGGUCUCAACGUAGAGGAUAAAUUAUGA